CAGACGGAGAGUCUGAUUGCGAAAACAGCUCAGCAAGAUCCAUGGUUACGAACCCUGAAAUACUUCCUGGUGAAUCGAGUAGUCUCCUAGUCACGAGUGUGCUCCAUGGCUCAGAAAAUGAUUCCUUCCAUCUGUGUCACUGAUCACUCUGGACAGCAGACUGCUGCCAACAGGUCUCCGGAGGAGCGGCAGGCAGCAGAACAGGCCUCCAGCUGGGCACUGGGUAUCCGCCACAGACUGGCAGAGCGGCUGCGGGAGACCGGGUUGCCAGACAGUUCGGACCUCCAUCUGCUGCUGGAUGAACUGAUGGAGGUGUUCAGCCGCACGGUGCAGAGUGCUGAGAGUGGCUGCUGGAUGUACCUCUACCAUGUAUUGCUGCUGUCUGCCCCCUACUGCCAACACCUGAGGGCAGGACCGCAGCUGCUGCGCCUACUGCAAGUCGUUGACUACCACUACCGACUACACAGGACAAGGCUGGCACACAUCGACAUCCUGGGAGCAAUGGCUGCUGCUUUCCCCAGCCACACGUCACCCCUGUAUGAGGCGGGCAGAAAACCAGUGCGUCCUGUCCGCCUUCCCCCACUUCCUGGUACAGGCCAAGGCCUAGAGUUCAGGCUUCAGCCGAGGUCCAGGCCUCACCUCCCGCACUCCGCAGACCACCACCCAUUUGUGCUGGAGCGAGGGCGGCCUCAGUCUGCACGGGAAUUCCUGGGGAACCAGCCGUGCAGCCUGGCAGAGCUGCAACAGUCAGUGGCCACACUGGGAGCCAACACUGCACAGCCCGGAGGGACCUGGGGAUCCCGGUUCGGACUCAUAUCCAAGGCCUUUGCAGUCAAUCUCGGGACACUCUCCUCUCACCAAGAAAGCCGACCCAUCUCCGUCUGUGAGGACACACAACGGGAUCUCCCCAGCGUGGUACAGCCAGAUGACAAGAGAACACAGAGUGUGGAUAAAGUGCCCAGUCUCCAGCCUGGCACUGGGGAGUGGGCGGUCCAGGCACUAGCAAAGUGCAAACUCCUCGGCAAGACCAAGUUCUACUAUCUCAAGGUCCAGCAAAAUCAGGAGUUCAGGCCGUACGAUCUCGUUGUAGUCCCCAAGGAGAAGGUGGAUGUGGAACACUUUGUUUUCUCUACUUUUGGAGUCCUCUCCGUGUGUCCGAGCCAGGAGUCCCAGGUGAUGUCAUUGGGAGAGUGGCAACGAGAGGCCAUGGUGUGGAGGGCUCUGAGACACAUCCCAUUCUUCAAAAACUACCUCCUGCGCAAGGCAUUCACACAGUGGUACAGGAACACAAAGCAACGGUGUCUGCAGAGACGGUGUAACAGACUGUGGACUUCCCUACUCCCAGCCACACCGCACUUCGGAGCAGCCUUGCUGCAUAUCUCCAGGCUGAUCCAGGAACUAUUGCUGGUGAAGUGGUUCCCCUUGGACACGACAGAGCCUCUGACACUGGCGCAGUUCGAGCAUCUUCACCAGCACCAUCUCUCCGAAGGCCGCAGAAUGCUGGAGAAGUUCUUCACCCUCUGCAGUCAUAUCCUACAACUGGUACAUAUGGACAGUUAUCAGAUGGUGGAAGACAGCAAAAAGCAGCUCCGGCUGAUAGAGGACAACUUGCCCAGGGCGCCUGUGCACACUGCCCGGCUACAGCAAGAACAGGCAGAAAGAUGGCUACAGGAUGCCCGUCAGGUGACCCAGAGCCUGGGGAGGUUGUCAUCACUGGUUACUCACAUGGCUGUCGAGAACCUCAUCAGUGUGGUGCAGAGCGAGGUGGACAGCUUCAUAAGAGCCAUGCUACAGCGCAGGAACCCGGGCCAGACUGCGUUACUGAAGAUGAUGCUCAAGUUCGACAAAGCUGGGCGGUUUGCCAUCCAUCCAGGCCGCACAGAGCUGCUGGAGAAGAUGUCGUGGGUGCUGAGUUCUGUGGCUGAGAGUGUGCUGGAGGUAACAGAGGGACUGCAGGAUGCCAAUUGCCCACAGCUAGAGGAGCCAGAGGACAGAACAAAGAGAGAAUCUAUAGCAAGCCCUGAGAAUGAAUCUGGAUGUGGCUUGUGCAGCGCAUGUGAGAAGCAGCAUGCAAGAGGUUUUCGAGCCACGGUUACUAGAUUUGGUGACACGACGAAGCCUCUGGGCUCCAAACAUUUCUGCUCCAUCCCCACCAACUUGGUGGCGCGCUGUGACAUGGAUGUCGGUGGGUUGCGUGUCAGUGGAGAAUCCCUGGGACAUCACCUCUACCCGCUGUCCAGCAGCAUGCUGAGUGCAGUACUCACCUCCGACGUGGCACUGCAGAGGGCCCUCAAGAGGCAACAGCAGUUAAUUGAGGAUUCCCUGAAAGAGACACUCAUGUUCCGAAUCCGCAAAAUCUGGCUGCUGGAAACACUCCAAGUGAUCCGAGAAUGGAAUAUGGCCGCUGUGGAACAGAUGUACAGCUGGAGACUGGAGCAAUUCCAAGAACUUAUUGCCAAGCUGAGAAAGUGGGAGAGCCGGGCAAGGAGGGUGAGCCCAGUGCUGGUCUGCACAAACCGUCUGCUGGUGUUGGACUGUACCUACGUUCAGCAUGAGAUGGUUCCUGCGCUGGCGUCGAUGCUGCAGCAGAUCCUGCAGGUACUGAAGGACAAGAUUGACCGUCUGCUCUGCCAACUCACCACUGACCUCAGCACAGCAAUCGCACACCUUCAGGAGAAACCGGACAACAGCAUCACCUUUGGCUCGUUUAUAAGCAGGUUGGAUAACUACAACAGGACCACCCCGGAUUACCGGCGACAGUUGGAUUAUGCAUUGGCUCUGGUCCGGAUUGUCCGUGUUGACUUCCAGCAUCACACCUUAUACCUGGACAAAGAGGAGGACCAGGUGGAGUACCUGUGGAACACCUUCCUCCAGGUGUGUAAAGAGGCAUCAGAGUUGGUCAGGGGUCGGCGUGACAGUGCCCUUGAGAAUGUGGAGCAGAGACACCAACUCCUCACUGCACAGGCACAGUCCAUAAACUGCGCUGUCAAUGCGGCCUCAUUCCGUGACCCCUGCCAGAAUCCGGCAGCCACACUGCGACAGCUGGAGGAAAUGCAGUGGCAGCUGCAUUCACUGGCUCAGGAUCUGCAGCAGCUGAGCAACACACAGAACGCAAUCACAGGUCAGCCCCUCGAUCUUUCCUUUGUGACAAAGGCAGAAAUAAAUGUCAACACCAGGAGGGAGUUGUGGGAACUCUUCUACACAGCCUCACAGGAAGUGAAAGACUGGAGGAAGAUGUUGCUGUCCCAGCCUGCAAAUCAGCUCAGUCUUAUCUGCCUCAAUCGCCACCCCCAGGCCGUGUUCCAGAGACCCUAA